GAAGAGUGAGCAACAUGCUUAGCAAAAAAAAAGAAAAAGAAAGAACUCUAUCUCUUCUUCCUUAACCAAUCAGUCAGAGUUAGAAUGAGCCACGAAUUCAGUGACAUGUCUGAAUACUAUCCUGUCGGAAUAAUCAGCCAGUUUGCCCCAGAUCAAGGGAUGGUGGUGGAGAAGGCAAAGACACGGCGGAGGCGGAGGAAAGGGAAAGGCGGCGACAACGACAACGAGGGAGAUGUGAUGAUGAGGAAGAGGAAGCUGAGCGAGGAGCAGCUGAGCAUGCUCGAGCUGAGCUUCGGCAGCGAGCACAAGCUUGAGACGGAGAGGAAGGAGAAGCUCGCGGCCGAGCUGGGCCUGGACCCGCGCCAGGUGGCGGUGUGGUUCCAGAACCGCCGCGCUCGGUGGAAGACCAAGAAGCUCGAGGAGGAGUUCUCCAAGCUCCGCUCCCACCACGACUCCACUCUUGUAGAGAAAUGCCGCCUUCAGACUGAGGUGUUGAGAAUGAAGGAGCUGCUGAGUGAAGCGGAGACGGAGAUCGGGAGGCUGCGGGAGAGGGUGAGGAGCAGCGACAGCCCGGCGGGCUCGUCGGGUCAGUCGAUGGAACAGGGCUUUGUUGGCGGUGGUGAAUUUGGGAUGGAGGGUUUAGAGAGCGUGUUUUGCGGCCACGCUUUUCAGUGGGAGGAUCAUGUUUAUUAUAUGUAGUUGGUUGAUGUUGAUUAAUUAGGGUCUCAUCUAAUGUAGAUAAUCACGAUUAGUGUAAUAUGUAUGUAAAUUACUUCUCCAUUUAUGGGUAGUUGUGUUGUGUUUAUUGCUGACCAGCAGCCAAGAUUAGUGCAAUGUAAAUUGAUUUCCAAA